AUGCCAGCUCCAUACGAAAAGGGAUCGCAAAAGAAAGGUGCUAACUUAUUCAAGACUAGAUGCUUGCAAUGUCACACUGUUGAAGAGGGUGGUCCAAAUAAGAUUGGUCCAAAUUUACAUGGUGUUGUCGGUAGAAAAUCAGGUCAAGCUGAAGGUUUCUCUUACACUGAAGCCAACAAGAAGAAGGGUGUUACUUGGACUGAACAAAACUUGUCUGACUACUUGGAGAACCCAAAGAAGUAUAUUCCAGGUACCAAGAUGGCCUUUGGUGGUUUGAAGAAGGCCAAGGACAGAAAUGAUUUGGUCACCUACUUAGCUCAUGCUACUAAAUAA